AUGCCUUCUCUCUCUUUCUUCAUCACUCUCACUCUCACUCUCUCCCUACUCCAACUAACAACCUCACUCCCAACCCAACUCGGCGUCACAUACUCCACCGCCACCUCCACCACCAAGCCACCGCCGCCGGACCAAAUCUCCGCCGCCCUCUCCACCCUCAAACUCACCUCCAUCCGCAUCCUCAACCCAGACCCAACUCUCACCCGCGCCUUCACCUACACAAACACCUCUCUCCUCCUCACAAUCCCCAACUCCCUGAUCCCGCCCAUCUCCGCCAACCGCUCCGUCGCGCUCCGCUGGCUCUACCUCCACGUCGUCCCCUUCUACCCUCGCGCCAAAAUCACCACCAUCUCCGUCGGCCACGACUUCCUCGACGAAUACUACUCCUCCCCAGGCCUCUUCUCCUGCCUCCUCCCCGCCGUCCGAAACGUCCACCUCGCCCUCCGCGACCUCGGCAUCCACCGCAUCUCGGUCUCCACCACCUUCUCUUUCGUCAACAUCAUCUCCACUCCGUUCCCGCCUUCCUCCUCCGAGUUCCAACCCCCAGCCUCCGAGAGCUUCAUCAAGCCACUGCUCCAGUUCUUGCGCGACACCAACUCCUCGUUCCUGAUCAACAUCUACCCUUACAAGCUCUACAGGCUCAACUCCGAGAUCCCGAUCGGCUUCGCCCUGUUCCAAGACCAUCCGUUCAACUUCCGCGACGACUUGAUCACCGGCGUCCGGUACCGGAACCUCUUCGACAUGAUGGUGGACGCGGUGGUUAGCGCCAUGGCCGUCGCCGGCUACGAGAAUAUUCCGGUGGUCGUGGUCGAGACGGGGUGGCCGAGCUCCGGCGCCGACGCGAGCGAGGUCGAGGCUAAUCCGGCUUACGCCGAGAUGUAUCUUAAGAAUCUUGUGGAGCAUUUGAGAUCGGGGACCGGCACGCCGCUGAGGAAGGAAGGAGUGGCGGAGGUGUAUAUAUACGAGCUGUUUGACAAGGAAGUGAAGCUAAGGAAUGAUCGGAAUUGGGGGAUUCUGUAUCCGAAUAUGACCAAGAAGUACAAGAUCGAGUUCUCUGGGUGUGGGUGCAACGGUAUCAUCAAUCACCAAACUGGUUUCGUGAGAGUUGAGUCUUUCUUGGUCUUUGCUUUCUUGCUUUGGCUUUUGCAGUAG